AACAGUUUCACUUUGUGACUCGAUUGGAUCGGUAACGUCGCUGUUAAAAUCGAUAACGUAAAUCAUUCGAUUGUUUCUCAUCGAACUAAUAAUAUAAAGUUUAGAUCUGUUAAUCUUUUUGCUUGAGAAGUGAGAAGUGCGAAGAGAAGUGAGAAGUUUUUUGUAUUUGUGUGUGUGUUUCACUAAUUACUAUUUGAAUCGUGUUGUUGAUCGUGCCUUGGAAACUUGGAAAUGUUUAUUACUUUUUAUACGAAAUGACAAUGCGGCAGAGGCGACCUUGAAUUCAGGAAUUUCUCUUCGAUAUCCUCUCGACAUGUGACUAAUGAAAAUGUUACUUACGCUAUGUAAAUCAUGCCAGUACUGCUGGGAGACCAUGUAUUGGAACUGUUGCGAGGAGAAGUUUUGUUUCGACAAAAAAAUCGCUGCAUACAAGUUAGACGAGACCACAGUUUACGCAAAUGGCCAUGUCAAUGUGGGGGCGAGCCUCGACAGCGUGGUCACGGAGCAGCCCUUCAACAACAAUCAUCUGCCGCCACGCGCCAUCAUGGGCAGAGAACUCAAUGAAAUACCACUGCACGCUGACAAGCUUUUUGAGGUGUUCUCCAAAUCUCUGAUAUUCAGAGAAGACCACGAGCUCAAAUCGAAGGGCAGCAGGGAAUCGCUGGACGAACUUGAAACAAAAUCGGAACCAGACUAUCUCUCGGACAAACCUAAUAGAACUAAGGUAUACUUCGAAGACGAGGUCAAUUCUCCUGUCACUGACUUUGAGAUCAUGUUCAAAGAUGAGCUCCUCGCAAAUCACGACAUGUUCAAAAUUGACGAAGAAGAAGAAAGCGACAAGGAGAGUCAGGAUAUAGAUGGCGAAGAAGGACUAACUAUGAACGUCGCAGUUAGAAAACAAGAUGUGAUUAAGCCCAGUACCGUUACUAUCAAAGACGAAUCUAAAAUAACCACACCGCAUCCAGUAUACCAAUACGAUCCAGUUUCCGUAAUGGCUUUACCUUCAACCCUUUCCUUACCAAGGGUGGAAAGCGUCAAAGGAAUCUUGAGGCAGAAGGGCGAUUUACCGAGAAGCCACAGCGCUAAGACUUUAGAGAGAGUGGAUAGUGGAUCUAAGCUACGACCUACUCUCAACAGGGUUGAGAGCUUAAAGAACAUCGACCCUACAAAAAUAAACAAAGUCCUAGCAAGAGUACCGCACAGAAGCGCGUCGUUCUUGAACAUUCCUGAGCAUUUGGCACCAGAGAAACCGCCGUUAGUAAAAAGCAAAUCCAUCGUCGGCGUUAUGUCGAUGCACGACGAAUUAAAACUGAGUCAACUACCCGACACUCCUAUCAUAAAAAGUACUAACUUACCAAGGUUUUUCGCUGAUGGACCGUCCCUACCUGAAUAUAAAGGCGAGACUAGCCUGCAGAGUAUUAAAGAGAAGACCGCUAUUAUGUUCAAGGAAAAUGACUUCAGCAUGCCCAGGUAUUAUGGUGGAGUCUCUAAAUCGAACGAACAGCUAAACGAAAGUAAAUCUAUGCCCGAUUUAAGGAACCCCGCGUCUUCGGCCAAAGUCAGUAAGAGACUGGUCAAGUUGAGGGGGAAAUUGAAGCCAUUAGUAAUUAGGAAAAGUUCUGAUGAGCGAUUAUAAUUUAGUGAGAUGAUGAGAAUGAGAUGAAUUUAAGAUGAUUAUUUCUAUGGUUUGCACAAGACGUGGACAACUAAAUUUUAUUUUUAUUUUUAUUUUUAUUGCUUAUAUGGGUGGACGAGUUCACAGCCCACCUGGUAUUAACUGGUUUCUGGAGCCCAUAGACAUCUACGACGUAAAUGCGGCACCCACCUUGAGAUAUAAGUUCAAAGGUCUCAAGUAUAGUCACAACGGCGGCCCCACCCUUCAAACCGAAACGCAUUACUGCUUCAUGGCAGAGAUAGGCAGGGUGGUGGUACCUACUAGUGCAGACUCAAAAGAAGUCCCCACCAGUUAAACCACUGUUAAAAGAAAACGAAUUUUGGCUUUAAAGUAUGGAUGCAGUUUACUUAGUAGCUCUAGAUUCAAAAUGGCACAAACUAUGUAGUUAAUACUUUUAGGUUAUUUUCCGAACCACAUUUGUUUUGAGUUCACGAGUAGGUACUUACGGUUAGAUUUUUAGUAAUUUAUUGUGUCUAUUCGCGAUUUUUGUGAUUACGUGAACAAUAUAAUUGUAAAUAGACAUGCUUUAACAAAAACCGGCUACAAAUAGGAAAAAAAAAGAUGUUCCAAAACAAAUUAAUAUACACUAAAAACAAUAAUCAUCGCAAUCGGUUGGCGUGAUAUUGAGUUAUUGACUUAUUCAUCUAUUUGUCGCGCACGUACUUAUUGCAAAUUUAAGACUUAUACUGUUUUCUCAUGGAUACCAUUAUCAGAACUGGACUAAAUUGGAAUCACACGGGAAGCGUCAGCUUUUUAAUAAAAAAAGAAUCAUCAAAAUCUAUUCACCCAGUCAAAAGUUAUGAGGUAACGAACAUAAAAAAAACACGGUUGGAUUGAGAACCUCCUCCUUUUUUGGAGUCUGUUAAAAAACGAGUUGCUCGUAAACUGUAAUGAACUUUGACAUUAGAGACAUAAGGUCUAUUUGCGCUUUGUACUGAUCUGUGUGUGUAUCUUCUUUUUCUAUUUCUUGUAAUUACACUAAAACUAGGUUUUACUUAAAAUAUGUUAGUCUAUUACAAUAUUUAUUUGUUCUAAUUGAUAUAUUGAAAAUUAGGCCUUUUGUUUCUGAUGUCUAAAACUAUGAUUAGUUUAUAACAAUAUAGAUAUUACAGAAUAAGGAUAAGGAAAAAUCAAACAGAUUACGUCUUCAUAAUAUUUAUUUGUAUUUCUUUCCUUGUAAAACAACAUUUUUGUUUGAUGACGUUUCAAAUUAUAAUUAAUCUACUUAAUGUGGUGAUGUAAAAAGUAAGAUUUAUUUUUUUCACUUUUUGCCAAUUUUGUAUAUAUUUUUAAUUGCGACUUUAGCGGUUAAGUGAUUGUAUUUUAUAAUGAAAUAUCAGUAUUUGGGCUCAAAUUUUGUUGUGAUGUCUUUAAUGUAAGUUGAACACAGAUGAUAGGUAUGCGAUAGAUUUAUUUCUUUUCUUCAUUGCCGUUCGUUGGCUUUACGCGGAUUUGCCUCUAGAAAUGCCUUGCUUCAUGUCCGCGGACCACUUCAAACAGGCGACUGAUGUACUCGUUGGACUAAUAGAAAGAUGACAACUCAAUUUCAAAGAUCAAAGUCAAUAGAAAAUAAACUAUUCCAUACCAUCUCUAUUCCGAAUAGGUCGCAAGCGAACAUACUUUUUUUUCUAUCCAAAGCGGUUUUUGUAGGUCAUAAGUGUUAAUUUUACACGAAGAAAAUAAUGAUUCAAGAAAACGAACAAAGCCAUAAUUCACUAAUUAUAAGACGUUUAAGAUUAAUCUCAUAUUAAAAAAAAAAAUAGUUUAAAAAACCUAACAAAAUACGCCUUUAAAGAAAAUCCAACUAAAAAAUAGAAAAAAGAAUUUUAAUAAAUUUGAAUUAAAAAUAGUGUAAGAAUUUUUUUUUUUUUUUUGUAAUAAAGCGUGGUGUGCUUUUCAGGAUAUUAUCAAAAUAACCCUUCUACUAAUAUAUUAUCUGUUCAUAAAAUAUUUUUAACUACUGAUACCAUGCACCCCGCGCCUUUUUUACAAUAAAAUCAUUUUUUCUUACACUAUUUUUAAUUCAAAUUUAUUAAAAUUGAUUUUCUAUUUUUUAGUUGGAUUUUCUUUAAAAGCGUAUUUUGUUAGUUUUUUAAAACUAUUAUUUAUUUUUCAUUUUUUAAUUGAAUUUAAUUAUUUUCAAUUUUUUUUUUAUAUUGAAUUGUCAUCGAUCUUUAAUAAGUAUACCAAAUUUCAAGUUAAACUGACGUUUUGAAGGGGGUCAAAAUUAUGUUCAAAGAUUCCGUUACAUACUGACAUACAUACGUCUGAAGCUAAUAAAAGCGUAUUAAAAAAAACAUUGGUAGAUAUAUCACGAAAUGUUAAACUUAAGCAUUCAAUUACUGGUGGUAGGACCUCUUGUGAGUCCGCGCGGGUAGGUACCACCACCCUGUCUAUUUCUGCCGUGAAGCAGUAAUGCGUUUCGGUUUGAAGGGUGGGGCAGCCGUUGUAACUAUACUGAGACCUUAGAACUUAUAUCUCAAGGUGGGUGGCGCAUUUACGUUGUGGAUGUAUAUGGGCUCCAGUAACCUCUUAACACCAGGUGGGCUGUGAGCUCGUCCACCCAUGUAAGAAACAAAAAAAAUAAAAAUCAACAUAAUAUUACUUGUAACAUAAAACUGUUUCAUAGCAGCGUGUUUUUUUUAUUAUCCCUCUAUGAAAUAAUUUUCUUGCUUUCAUAUUUUGUUAUAUGUACUUAUUUUCUUUUCUUUAGUAAAAUUUUCAUCGCAUAUUUUUGUUUGCACGAAAUAUUUACAAAGAAAACUAUGAAUGUGAUAAAGAGUGUUCGUAAACAAAUCAUAUUAAUGUCUUACAAAUAUUUACAAAUGUCCAAACUAUAGUAUACGAGAAUAUGUGGAUGUUAUUAUGUAUAAUUAAUUAUAAAUGUCUUAAUUGAUCUGAAAUUUUAUCACUUUACUAUUGUUCUUGUGUGUCUAAGCUUUAAAUAAAUAUAAUUAAUUUUA